AUGGUAAGAACUUCUGAAAAAAAGGAUUUGACUGAUAACGACAAAAGAGCCACUGUUGUGGGUCGUCAAAAUGGACUGAUCCUGAUGACGUUGGCAGGAAUGUUCGGCGUGACAGAGGCGUGUAUUUCUCAGUUCCUAAAGCGUUGGAAAGCUCAAGAUGGCUCUACUAAGAGCCAACGCACUGGAAGACCACGUGUCACUCAUCUUAAUGACGAUAGAAACAUUUUGAAGACGCCUAGAACCAAUCCAAGACUCACCGCCCUUGCCAUCAGACGGGAAGUUUUCUUGAAUUCGCCAUCUCCGCCAUCCGUCUCGACCGUGAAACGACGUCUGAAUGCUGCUGGAAUCAUGGGAAGACGUCCAGUGAAGAAACCGCUGAUUUCUGAAAAGAAUCGAGCCGCCAGGGUGAAGCGGGCGAAGGAGCAUCUCAACUGGACGCGUCAAGGCUGGAACAAGAUUCUGUGGUCCGACGAAAACAAGUUCCUCCUCUUCGGGAGUGACGGAAUUCAGUGGGUUCGUAGACCAAUUAAGUCCAGAUAUCAUCCGAAAUACCAAUUACCCACUGUGAAACAUGGUGGAGGACCGUUUCGUCGGACCACAGAAUCUUGUUCCAGUCUUGACGGGUCCACUUGAGAUGCUCCUUCGUCCACUUCCCCCUGGCGGCUCGAUUCUUUUCAGAAAUCAGCGGUUUUUUCACUGCACGUCUUCCCAUGAUUUCAGCAGCAUUCAGAAGUCGUUUCACGGUCGAGACGGAUGGCGGAGAUGGCGAAUUCAAGAAAACUUCCCGUUUGAUGGCAAGGGCG